AUGUAUUUGUCUCUCUUUCCUUACGUGUAUGCAAGCGUUCGCCUAUCCGUUAGUCUCUCUUUCUCUCUCCCUCGUCGUAUUCACACUCCUAUCUGUUUGUCUUUCUAUUUUUCUGUUUAUCCCUGUGUAUGCCUUUUUAUAUUUGUCUCUUUGAAUGGAGUGUUUAGAUUAUCAUUAAACAACCUGACAUUUAUAGAACAUGCGGACUGGACGCCAUCAGAAACGACACGUGACCUGUGUAGAAACAAAGGUCUUCCCAAGGCCAAAUCUCUAAAACAAGUCUACCAGGAAUUAAACGGGAAGCAAAAAUGCCCGUACAACCCUCGUCAAAAUUCAACGGCAGUUAUGACCAAAGAUGGAAAUCUCUACACGGGCACGGUGAUGGACAUUCAGGCUCGGGACCAUGCUAUAUCUCGAGUUAUGGGACCGUUGCCGAUUCUGCGAACGUUGAGAAGCAAUUCUAAAUGGCUAAAUGAACCGAAUUUUGUGUCAUCGUACGAAAUAGAUAGUUACAUCUAUUUCUUCUUCCGUGAAACGGCAGUAGAACAUAUCAAUUGUGGAAAAACUGACCGUGGGGGUGAUAGUCUGUUGUUAGAGAACAACUGGACCACGUUCCUCAAGUCUCGCAUUAACUGUUCUCUUGCGGGAGAAUUUCCUUUUUAUUUUGACGAAAUACAAGGCACCUAUUAUUCACGGGAAGAAAAAAAGAUAUACGCAGUUUUUGGUACUGGGGUCAACGGCAUCCCGGGGUCUGCAGUUUGUGUGUAUGCAUUAGACACAUUCCAUAAGUCUUUUACGGGAGCAUUCAAAUACCAAAAGGACGCUAUAUCCGCAUGGACCCGUAUGGAAAACCACAAAGCGGAAGCACAGUGCCCGAGCCCAGGAAGCAGCAGCAAACGUUCCUACAGUAAUCACAUUUCACAAGUGCUUCUCGAUGCCCAAAAAUACCAAAUGAUGAAUGACGCUGUCCAGCCUAUCAGUAUCAUGCCUGCAUUUUAUGCUGGAGGACAAAGGUGGACGCACAUUGUGGUCGACACUGUGUAUGCACUCAAAGGAAAGUUUUCUGUCGUCUUCGUAGGCACCACUAAGGGGAUAAUAAAAAAAAUGUUGCAAAUCCCAUCGCAAAAUUUAAGUUGCACUCUUGAGGAAAUCAAAGUGACUCCUGAAGGGAGAGAUAUUCCGGUGAUGGCAAUGGUCAAAUCUAAAGAACAGAGAGCUGUGUAUGUUGGCGUAUCACCAUACGUUUUCAAAAUUCCGUUUGAAAGAUGCCAUCGACUGAAAACAAAAAGCAUGUGCCUACAGGCAAGAGAUCCUUAUUGUGCUUGGAAUACUAUAAAUAAAACUUGUGCCAGUCCACCAAGAAAUGAACUUGGAGCUCAUUAUUGGCUUCAAGACAUUACGUCAUGUCCGGUUCUGGAAACACCAGUGGACGGCAAAUGGUCAGCGUGGUCAGAAUGGACACAAUGCAAACUAAUGGGAACUGACCGACUGGGAGAUGACUGCUGGUGCAGAACCAGGGUAUGUGACAAUCCUAAGCCGCGACUUGGUGGUAAGGACUGCAUGGGAGACACGGUUGAAGUUUUUCUUAUCUGCCGGCCAUAA